GACAAAAUCAAAGAAGGAAUUCCUUAUCUCCUUUGGUGUCAGUGGCUACAACGUGCCAACGCAUACACCAAAAACAAACCAGAGAACGAAAGGCAUAUAAGAAGGCGGAGUCUGCACACGUCUCAGACUCUCAUUUUCCGAGUACAAAAUUUACAAACCUCAACUAAACGAAAAUAGCACUAUGGCCACAAAAUGCCUCAUUUUCUCCUUCUACACCCUUCUCCUCUUACCUUUCUCUUCCCAGAACCCGACUCCGGCCCACUCUGAGCUCACGAACUAUGGCUUCCCCAUCGGCCUUUUACCUUCCUCCGUUCUCGGCUACUCUGUUAAUACUACCACUGGAGACUUUUCCGUCGACCUCGGCGGCUCCUGCAAGGUUACUCUCCCGCCGGACAACUAUUUGGCCACCUAUUCAAAGAAAAUAACCGGCAAGAUCGUGGCUGGUAGAAUAGCCGACAUCAAUGGUAUCCGGGUCCGAGCAUUUUUCAAGUGGUGGUCCAUCACCGGGAUCCGGUCCAGCGGCGAUGACUUGGUGUUCGAGGUCGGUAUGGUCACCGCCAAGUACCCCUCCAAGAAUUUCUACGAGAGCCCGGCUUGCGAGGGAAAGCACUCUGCUUCCUGAGAGGGCAUCUAUUUGCUGCUUCAUUGGACUAAAAGAUGGGGUAGUGACAUAGUGUCUAAGCAUAAGUCUGAAAAGUACCUAUGGAAUCAGAGUAAAGUGUUAGCUGCUCGUAGAGUCUGAAUUGUGGGUAAUAAAUUCGAAUUUUCCUGUCUUGUUAUGUGUAUAACUCCACUGUGUAUCUGCAGUCAUAUUCCACUUUGUCCUUAUUUUAUAGAAAGGCACAGGAACUCUGCACUUUGCACCCAAAAUUAUCAAAACUAGCACAUUAUUACACUCUCAGGCUCCCAAAAAAUGAUACUUGGCACUGUGCCAUGCAUGUUGAAUGCAUAAAGUGCUUGAAGAUAUAAUCUGUCAAUUUGAAUUGCUUAGAGCCUUAAUAAUUUAAAGAUGCAGUGUAUAUUUAUCAUUUUA